AUGGCCAGUAGGUGGCACAGUCGACUUUAUCCAAUUGUUGAUCUUAAAAAGCAGACUCUUGUACUAGAGGAUGGAUCUCGAAUAGCUUCUAUGUUUGACAGCUAUGACGAACUUUCGCGGUUUGUGUUUGAAGAUGCUAAGACAUUUUGCGAAGCUUGUCAGCGUGGUUGCCGCAUGUCCAAAAACGGUCCAAUGCUUGGGUAUCGGAAAAAACAAGCAGAUGGCAGUGAGCCGUAUGUUUGGCUUUCAUAUAAAGAGGUCAUUGAUCGCUCAUACGACUUCCUUUUUGGCUUGGUAGACUUGGGAAUAAAGCUUGGUCAGGAAACUUUUGUCGGGAUUUUUGCGAAGAACAGACCGGAAUGGAUUAUCACAGAGUUGGGCACGUACAGUGGUCGUUGCGUGUUAAUACCACUUUAUGAAACACUAGGCCCUGAAGCAUGUGUGUACAUCAUUAAUGAGUCAGAAAUGAAACUUGUUGUCUGCGACACUUCGGAGAAAGCAGAAAAAUUACUGAGAAGCUGUAGCGAAUGUCCUUCCUUGAAGUAUCUGAUUAUAAUGGAUGAUUUUUCUGAAGACUUAGUUAGAAUAGCUAGUGAGGUAGAUGUACAAAUCUAUAAAUUUCCUGAAAUAGAACGCCGAGGUCGAGAACUUGAAGAUCGCCCUAUGAUAGAGCCGUGUACUCCGGAAGACUUGUGUACUAUAUGUUACACUUCAGGGACCACAGGAAAGCCCAAAGGGGUGAUGUUAACGCAUGAAAAUUACAUGGCUUGCUGUACCUGUUUGCGCUAUCUCAAAAAUUCAUGCUUUUGGCAUGGUGAUUGUUUAUUCAGCUUCUUGCCUUUGGCUCAUAUGUUUGAACGUCUUGUUGAAGCAGCAGCGUUCCAGGUUGGCGCUCGAGUUGGGUAUUUUAAAGGCGAUGUGCGGACAAUGGCUGAAGACAUAAAAGAAUUAAGACCAACAAUUAUUCCUCUGGUACCGCGUGUUCUCAAUCGGAUUUAUGACAAGGUAAUGUCAGAGGUGGAAAAGUCUUUCAUUAAAAAGACUCUUUUUGAUAUUGCUCUUGCUUAUAAAGCUCGUGAGUAUCACAGGGGCAUAGUACGAAAUGAUUCAUUUUUUGACAAACUUGUCUUCAAAAAAAUUCAGAAUGCCUUAGGCGGUCGCGUAAAAUUGAUGAUUACUGGUUCUGCCCCUAUUUCUGAAACUGUGUUGAGGUUUGCCAGAGCAGCGCUUGGAUGUAUUGUCAUAGAAGGCUAUGGGCAAACGGAGUGUGUCGCCGCAUGCACUUUAGCCGUUGAAGCCGACUGUGAUUACGGGCAUGUUGGCAUACCAACUCCUUGUAAUGCUAUUAAGCUUGUCGAUGUUCCUGAACUUGGUUAUUUUUCUAAAGAUGGGGCGGGUGAGAUUUGUAUACGAGGUUAUAAUGUGUUCAAAGGCUAUUAUAAGAAUGAGGAAUUGACAAAGGAAGUUCUGGAAGAAGACGGUUGGUUACAUACAGGGGAUAUUGGUAAAUGGACAUCAACUGGUGCUCUGAAAAUAGUCGAUCGGAAGAAGCACAUUUUCAAACUGGCUCAAGGAGAAUAUGUUGCUCCUGAACAUAUUGAAAAUGUCUAUGCACGUUCCAAGUAUGUCGCUCAGUCAUUUAUUUACGGGGAAAGUUUGAAAACAUGCAUAAUCGGAAUCGUUGUUCCUGAUUUCGAGAUUUUGUAUGGCUCUAUUGCGGAAAGGUUGAAUUUGUUAGAUUUAAGUUACCAGGAAAUGUGUAGGAAUUCUGCCAUAAAGGAAGCCGUUUUUGAAGAUAUGAUUGCUGUUGGGAAGAAAGCCGGACUUUACUCAUUUCAACAGGUGAAGGAUAUUUAUCUAUGUCCCGAGCAAUUUUCUGUAGAAAAUGGUUUACUGACACCAACGCUGAAAUCUAAGAGACCGGAGUUGAAAAAGCGAUUUGAAGCUCAGAUUGAACGGAUGUAUGCAAAAUUGGACUGA